UUGUCCUCACCACCACUCAUAGUCUCUGUGCCGAGCUGUAAGAGGAAGUGCAUUAUUCACCUUCUUAUGCUCAGAAACUAGCAUGAUGCCUGCCAAGAAGGAGAUGCUUCACAAGUUCUGGUUGAUUCAAAGGAUGAGCUUUAGGUAGGCAGCAAGAUCUGGGCUUAGCAGCAGCAACACACACUCCUAGGGACAGACGGGAAACUUACUGACCACGGGACUGCGCGGCCGGGCCAUGGCUUUGUGACCACAGCUGUGUGCGUAGGCACCAGCAGGGAAAGGCACGGGAGGCAGCGCCCUGCUGAACAAACCAGAAAAACAGCCCUCCUCUGCUGGAGCCCACAGCCGGCACGGGCGCAGCCGCUCAGCCCGGCAGGAACAGGGGAGCCCAGGGCCCCGCCCCUGGCUGCCCGGCCCGAGGCCCCACCCGGUGGGUGGAAGGGAGCCCGCGGCGCCCGGACUCUGCACCCUCAGACACGGUCCUGCCUCCGCGACCGCCCGCAGCCUCCCCUGCCGGCCCAUGGAAGGGGCCGGGCCUUGGGCGCCCAGGGACGAGCUGGAGCUGUCGGAGGUCGGGGAGCAGCCGGAGGAGCAGACGCCUCUCAAUGGAGCGCUCCAGAUCCUAACUUCCUCGGCCGAGGACCCCUGCCCACCCCAGGCUAACAAGAAAAAUCCCUGGAGCUCUUGUAAUAAGACUUUGAUUGGAAGGUGUAAACUGUGGAUGGUCAUCGGCUCCAUUUUCCUAGGUUUCAUUAUAGUAGUCAUCAUAGGCUUAUGUCUCACUGGAGUAAUGUACAUUGAUGAAGAUGAAAAUGAAAUAAUUGAAUUAUCAUCAAACAAAACGUUCUUCAUCAUGCUAAGGAUUCCAGAGGAGUGUAUUACUGAAGAGGAAUUGCCUCACCUGCUCACUAAAAGGCUCACAGGGGUGUACAGUACAUCACCAUCUCUGAGUCGAUAUUUCAUGUCAGUUGAAAUAGUGGACUUCAGUGGUGAAAAUUCCACAGCCACCUAUCACCUGCAGUUUGGGGUUCCACUGGAAGAUGACGGCUUUAUGAAGUACAUGAUGAGUGAGGAGUUGCUGCUGGGCAUCUUGCUACAGGACUUCCACGACCAGAGUGAACCUGGCUGUGAGGGGCUGGGGCUCGACACAGCCUCUCUCUUGCUCUAUGAAUGAAGUGGUGAAGGUCGGUCUAUGUCAGAAAGCUGUGCUCCCCUGAACUUUGGAGUCGAAGAGAAUUCAUUCUGUGAUCACGACCAGAGGGCGGAGCCUGUCCUUCUUCCAGAUCCUGUACAGAGAUGGGCCCUCUCCAGCCCCACAAGGCACCAGCAGAGGCCACUCCAGCUGGCUUAGUGUGGACAAAGCAGGAAGCCAGGCCAGGUGGGGGAGAUGAAGUAUGGCAGUUCCCACAUGGGAUAUCCGAGUAUCCUUAAGACACUGGCUGCCUCCACUCCUGCAAAGAUCCUUCUUUCUCUUUAGCACAGAGUGGUGCAGCAAUGCCUUGUCUUCAGCAGGAUUCCGCUAACCUGUGCUGGUGGACAGGGAUGGCAGGCAGUCAUGUGAGGGAGAAUUGAAUCAAUUCCUCACGAAAAUACCCCUCUCUCCUUCCCACAUCUCUGUGUGUGUGAUGUGUGCAUGUGUUUGGUGUUACUCAGGAUGCAGCCCAGGAGUGCUCUACCACUGAGCUAUAUUCCCAGCCCCCCUCCCUUUAAAAUUUUGAGACAAGGUCUCACUAAGUUGUCCUGGCUGAAUGUGAACUAGUAGUCCUCCUGCCUCAGCCUGCUCAGUGCUGGGGUCACAGGCAUGCCCACUGAGCCCAGCUCUACUGUUGUAUUUGAUCUACCUUCAAGCCAGGAGAAGGAAGGUGUGAAGAAGAGGAAGGUACCUUCCAAGACCUAAACAGUAGAGCUCUGUGUCUACUUUCAUGACUGUAUCUGGGUAUUUCAACAAACCUUUAACAUUGCCUUAGACACAUCACCCAAUGUUUUCGUGAAUAUAUAUAUAUAUAUAUGAGGAAUUAUAUAUAUAUAUAUAUAUAUGAGAGGAAUCAUAUAUAUAUAUAUAUGAGAGGAAUUGUGUUGCUCCUUCUCAUUGUUCCUGGGACCCCUGAACACCUCCUUUGGAAACAUGGAAACAUGGGUCCUUUUGAGUUUCGAACAUGCCUUCAUCCUUUUGGAUUGUCACCUCUCUUCUAUUUUUAUAAACUUCCAUCAGAGAAUCAUCAAGAUUGGUUAGCUUCUGCUUCUGAUACCACACAGUGCCUGUGUAUUGCCCAGCAUCACUGGACCCCUGGAGGACUCAGUGUCUUCCAGGGUUCAUUAUGUGCCUUAUUGCAGUUGGUUGUGAAAUAGGAAGAACCACUGUCCUUUUGAAGUAAACUGCUGGAAGCUUAUGCCUGCUCAUUUUGGGGUUGGGAGGAAUGUUAUUGACUGUAUCAGUCAUUGAUAGAUGCAAAAUUGACUGUUAUAAGGGAACAAACAGUAUGUGUUGUUAAAAUUGCCUUGCUGUAAAUUUUUUGGAUGAAUUUUGUGCUCACAUGAUGGGAGAUUCCUAGCCCUGGUAUCAAAGUAAAAUCUGACAUGUGAGAGGCAGCUGUACAUGGCUGUGUGUUGGUAUAGAUUUGACUUGAGCUCUUUUGGAAUAAUGUGAAUUUGCUUUCUUAUUUAACUAGAAGAUACAUGUAACACAUUGUCUCAUUGUAAGGACAGUUCCUUAAACUAGUGAAUUUCUUUGUAUUUUUUACAUGUCAAACAUGAACUUUAGUGUGUCUGUACUUUUUAGAAAACAAUGAAGACUUUUAAUGGAGAUUGAUUUAAAACAUUUACAUAAAUUAUUUUUGCAUUUGCAUGUUGCAUUCACCUUUUCUGUAUUUGUGUUGAAUCUCCAGAGCCAUGUGUUUGGGCUGGCAUUUUCUUGGGAUUAGAAGUGAUCUUUUCCUGUCCUUGAUGGUAGCGUCCUCUUCCAUAGGAAUAAGGUGGAGCUGGGUUUGGUUGGGCUGGGCAGUGUCCUCCUCUCUGUUCCAGGGAAAGCAGGGGUGAAGCUAUCUGUCCUCUCUUCUUCCUUUGAGGGUCCUUUCUGGCAGGACUAUGUAUCUAAAAGGGCUAGAAGGAUAGCCUUGUCUGUGUCUGGACACAGAAUUUGGUUUCAUUUUUCCGUUCUCCUUUGGAAAGCACCAAGUUGCAAGUACCUUGCCUUGGGUUUUGACAACUUUGAAGUCAUAGAGAGAAGAGAAGCCUUUUUGAGGUUUGACUUUUGGGUCCAAUUGAUAUGGAAAGAAUUAAUUUUGUGUGCCUAAAGCAUUUUGAAGUGCUUGAAAAAAUAUACUUGCAUAUGCUAUACAUUGUUUUGCCAUUGGAGAUAAAUUUACUGGUCAUCACACAUUGUAAUUAUUAGCAUAAUACCUGGUGCACAGUAGGGUUUCAACAAGUGUCUGCAAAAUAAUUGAAGGAUGUGAGAUGAAAAACUGCUUUUUUCUGGAAGUCACUUCAGUACAGAUAAAAUGCAGAUAGCUAGAUUAGCAAAAACACUCUCUUGGCUCCACCAGUAGAAAUCCUAGCCAUACAUAUGCAGUAAUCUCUGCUUUCUUUUCAACUUAAUUUUGUUGUAUAGAUUAAAAUUUUUUUUUAAUGAUACUGGUGAUUGAAUCCAGGGGCUUGAGAUUACUAAAAUGUAGCUUUACCAAUGAGCUACACCCCCAGACUCUAAGUGAUGUGUCCUAUGGAAGGCUAUAGUGGAUACCAGAGGAGAAGAAGACAAUAAGAAAGGAAGAUGUUCCUGUUAUUUGGAAGUCAAGAUGCACAGAUGAAACAGGAAACAAGGGGAAGAUAUACCCAUAUUUACCCGGGCAUGUUUUCUGGGAUCCCAGUUUUCUGGGAGCCUGAGGCAGGAGGAUCACAAUUUCAAGCCCAGUCUGGACAGCUCAGUGACUUAGACUCUGUCUCAAAAUAAAAAUGGGCUGGGAAAGUAGCUCAACGUAAGUGCCCUGGGUUCAAUCUUCAUUACAAACAAAGCAAAAUAAAGGAACAAACAAAUUCCCUAUUUAACACCAAGGUCCAAAUGUAAAAAUUAAGACCAACUAUGGCCGGGGAUGUAGCUCAGCAGCCUAGCAGCUGUCUGGCAAGCACGAGGCCCUGAGCUGGAUUCCUGGUACCCCCCCCCCAAAAAAGAAAAAAAAAACAAAACUCAAGUGUAGGUUGUGGGAGGCCAGAGAGAAGAGUGGUCAAUGUAGUUUAAGUGGAGAAGGAAAGACUCAAGCUGAGCUAGACUCACUGGUGGGAUCUGAAUAGUAGAUUUGCCUCCCUUGGCAUGUGUUCAUGUGUUCUUAGGAUGAAGGUUAGUCUCCUCUUUUCCUCUCAUAUGUGAACUCUUGCUGAGAACUCCUGCCCUAUUCAGAGUAUGAUCAGCAUAGACAAAAAUGAGAAAAAUAGGUCUAGAGAUGUAGCCCAGUGGUACAGAGCUUGCCUAGCAUGCUUGAGGCCUUGUGUUCAAUGCCCAGUACCGUAACAAACAGACAAACAACACAGGAAAAAUAACCCAGAGUUCUUCCUUCUCUCAUUACUGUUUCAUUGAAUGAUUUAAAUCAGUGCCCCGCCAUCUUAUAGCUGGAACCUUAAAUCCUAGAGAGUGGGAAGGACCAGGCAGAGUCCUACAGUUUGAGAGGCCAAGCCCACCAGAAAUCUUACAUGAAGCAUGGCCACAGUCCCAGGGAUACCCAAGGUCAGGCUCAGCUCAGGCCUGGUUUACUUCUACAAAUCCACAGGGUCACAGGUGGUUGGGGGAAGAGAUGAAUCAAGAGGUGUGGCCAUGGAAGACUGAUGGAAACAGCCACUCAAUGCUUCCCUCAAGUACUUGCAAAAGAACCUUCAAGGAAGUUGUAAGGGACUUGCAUUAAUCUACUAAACAUUUGGCAGAAACAAAGUCCACUUAGCUGAAGUGGACUUUCUGAACUUCAGAGCCUUGAUUAGAAAAAGAGUAGAGUUGUACAAAUGCAAAUAGAAUCUCCUUUUCUGUGUAGGCUCCUGUGGAGUCUUCUGCUUGUGCCUUUCCAUCUGGAAUAUUUGAAGUGCUUGUCACCUAGGUUUGCUGGAACAAUGGCAGCAUUUGAACUUGUUAUCAGCAGUAGAUUUUCCCGCCCCUAUUCCAUUUUAAAUAAGUAUUUAUCUAUUGAUCAGAUGGAGGGCUUAUUUAGUGAUGCUAAUAUUUAUAGAUGCUAUUAUUUAUAGUAUGAAUGUAAAUGAAAACCACAGAGCCUACAGUGGCUUCAUGUGCUGUACCUCCAAAUUUGGGCUGGGUACAGUGUGAAGCCUGGUGUGGGGCAGGGGAGCUUUCUGGUUACAUUUGUGAUUGGCAAGUGUGGUUCAAAUGCUCAGACUCAGUUCCCAAAACAGUGGUCCUUUAACUGAAGAGUUGCAUCCCUAACCCAUGAAAUCAUACACAAAUGUGUUUAUCUGUGUGAAUGUGUAUUUUCUGUCAAUACGGUACACAGAAUUCUGAAAUCUACGUAAGAUGAGAUCAGAUAUUAUAUAUGUAUAUCAUAAGUAUUUUUUUGACAUUAAAAUUUACUACACAAUUCUA